AUGGCUGAUAUGUUGGCGAGAGCGAGCUCUGGCCUUGCUUACCCUGAGAGGUUCUACGCCGCCGCCUCGUACGUCGGCCUCGACGGAUCUGUAUCGUCGGUGAAACAGCUCAGCUCCAAAUUCUCCAAUGAUACCGCUUUGCUUCUCUAUGCGCUGCACCAGCAGGCUACUAUUGGACCUUGCAAUAUACCAAAACCUAGUGCGUGGAAGCCAGUGGAGCAGAGCAAGUGGAAAAGUUGGCAGGGGCUUGGAAUCAUGCCCGCCAUUGAGGCAAUGCGUCUCUUUGUGAAAAUUCUAGAGGAAGAAGAUCCUGGUUGGUAUCCAAUGCCAUCUAACUCUGUUCCAGAACCUGCUGUAGAUGUCCAAAUCAAUAGCACAAAGGCCGAGCCUAGUGUUGAGAAUGAAGCUUCAUUUGGUGAGACAAAUACGAUGUCUACCGAGGAGGGGCACUUGACGGAAACCCAAGAUAAAGAUGUAGUUUUGGAAGACCCAAAUACUGUUUCUGUGUACAACCAGUGGACUGCACCACUAACAUCAGGUCAGCCACCAAAAGCUCGGUAUGAGCAUGGAGCAGCGGUUAUUCAAGAUAAGAUGUAUAUGUAUGGUGGCAAUCACAACGGGCGUUAUUUAGGUGAUCUUCAUGUUCUAGAUUUAAAAAACUGGACUUGGUCAAGAGUUGAAACCAAGGUUGUGACUGAAUCACAUGAAACAUCAUCUCCAGCAACACUAACUCACUGUGCUGGUCAUUCUUUGAUACCAUGGGACAACAAGCUUCUCUCUGUCGGUGGUCAUACAAAGGAUCCCUCAGAAUCUAUGCCAGUGAUGGUCUUUGACCUGCAUACCUGUACAUGGUCAAUCUUAAAGACAAACGGAAAGCCACCGAUUUCGCGUGGAGGUCAGUCAACGACCCUUGUGGGGAAAAGCUUGGUGAUCUUUGGUGGUCAGGAUGCAAAGAAAUCGCUUCUGAACGAUUUGCAUGUACUUGAUCUAGAUAGUAUGACCUGGAAUGAGAUAGAUGCCGUAGGUUCUCCUCCAUCUCCAAGGUCUGAUCAUGCUGCUGCAGUGCACGCUGAGCGUUACCUUCUUAUAUUUGGCGGAGGAUCACAUGCAACUUGUUUUGAUGAUCUGCACGUCCUUGAUCUACAAACUAUGGAGUGGUCAAGACAUAUACAACAAGGUGAAUCACCAACUUCACGUGCUGGACACGCUGGUGUGACAAUUGGGGAAAAUUGGUUUAUUGUUGGUGGUGGAGAUACCAAGAGCGGGGCAUCUGAGACUGUUGUAUUAAAUAUGUCAACACUUGCGUGGUCAGUGCUCACUUCAGUCCAAGGACGUGUACCUCUUGCUAGUGAGGGAUUGAGUUUAGUUGUGAGCUCGUAUAAUGGCGAAGAUGUAAUCGUUGCUUUUGGUGGAUACAAUGGACGUUACAACAACAAUGUGAACGUUCUUAAACCAAGCCACAAAUCAAGCUUGAAAUCAAAGAUUAUGGAAGCUUCUCCUGUGACAGAUAGUGUGUCUGCUGUUAAUAACGCCACGACCAGAGACAUUGAGUCUGAGAUCGAAGUGAGCCAAGAAAGUAAAGUACGGGAAAUUGUAAUGGAUAAUGUUAACCCCGGAUCAAAGGUUGAAGGAAAAAGCGAGCGCAUUAUCACUGCCCUUAAAUCUGAGAAGGAAGAAGUGGAGGUAUCACUCAGCAAGGAGAAGAUACAAACUCUCCAGCUAAAAGAAGAGUUAGCAGAGAUAGAAACGCGAAAUACAGAGCUGUACAAGGAACUUCAAUCUGUGCGAAGUCAACUUGCAGCGGAACAAUCACGGUGUUUCAAACUAGAGGUUGAAGUUGCGGAGCUAAGACAAAAGCUUCAGACACUGGAAACAGUUCAAAAGGAACUCGAACUCCUCCACCGUCAAAGAGCGGUUGCGUCUGAACAAGCCUCCACGAACGCCAAAAGACAGAGCUCCGGCGGCGUCUGGGGCUGGCUUGCUGGAACUCCUCCGCCAAAAACAUGA